UGCCUUUUCUCAAUCUUUGUUCACAUUCAUAUAUUCAUUCAUUCACCCUCGACCCAUAAUAUACCCCGCGCCAUGCCAUCUCGACAACUGUCCACGUCGGCACCAGCUCCGAACCACCACCGCCACAACCACCACGUCUUAACCCCUCUCCUCGCUUCCACCGCCUCCGUCUGCUCUUUAAUCCUUUUACUUCUCCUCUGCCUUCGGAAGCGCAAACGCACCACUCCAUCCUCCGACUCCGAUUCAAACCCUCCUCACCCCUACUCCUACGCGCUCCUCCGACGCGCCACCAGCUCCUUCUCCACGCGCCUCGGCCAUGGCGGCUUCGGCCCCGUCUUCUCCGGCUCUCUCUCCGGAAAACCCGUCGCCGUGAAGCUCAUGGACUCUGCUUCCCUCCAAGGCGAGCGCGAGUUCCACAACGAGCUCUUCUUCGCCUCCAGGCUCCGCUCUCCCCUCGUUGUCCCCGCCAUCGGCUUCUCCUCCGACCCCAAACGCCGGCGUUUCCUCCUCGUUUACCACCUCAUGCACAACGGCAACCUCCACGACGCCCUUCUCCGCCGCAAGACCCCCCACCUCGCGCUAUGGAAAAACCGUUUCUCCAUCAUCCUCGACAUCGCCAGAGGAAUCCAAUACCUCCACUCGUGCGACCCACCCGUCAUUCACGGCGACAUUAAACCCAGUAACAUUCUUCUCGACGAUUGCUUCAACGCCAGGAUCGGCGAUUUCGGCCUUGCCAGGCUGAAAACCGAGCCCCAGUUGGAAGUAGAAGUGGAAAUCGACGGGAAGAGAAAGAAGGAGGAGUUGGAGAGCGACGGCGGGUCGGAAUUGGAAACUCAGAGCGUGAACACGGAGCAAUCGUUUGAAGGCGAGACGCAGAAGAAGAAUGGGAAAGGGCUAAGCAGCAACAAUGAGGUUGUUGGAGUUGCAGGGUGGGGUUCGGAUUACGUGAUGGAUUGGAUUGGGAAGGAGGUGAAGAAGGAAAGGGCGAAGGAGGAGUGGGUGGGUUCUGCGUCGGGUAGUGGAACGGUAGAGAAGAAGAAGAGUAGGAAGAAGUUGGAAUGGUGGGAAUCGAUGGAUGAGGAAAAGGGCGUUGCUGGUUGCGGAGUUUUGAAUUUGAAGAAGGAUAAGAGAAGGGGCGCGAGAGAGUGGUGGAAGGAGGAGUAUUCUGAAGAGCUUGCAAGGAAGAAAAAGAAAAAGAAAAAGAAACAAAGCGACAACGAUGACUGGUGGGAGACAGAUGAUGGUUUUAACAAGGAUGUAAAUGUAACAAACAAGGGUAAGAAAAAGCGUAUUAGAAAGAGUAGUGGUAGUGUAGAUUCGUGGUUUAGUGGGGAGCUGCGUAGAGCUAGAUGGAAUAGUUAUGAUUCAAACAGCGGAGAAAUAGGGAAGAGUGGAGGUGUAAGCAGUACUCAAAGCAUGAGGGGAACGGUUUUUUAUGUUGCUCCUGAGUAUGGAUAUGACGGAGAUGUGUCAGAGAAGUGUGACGUGUACAGUUUCGGGGUUUUAUUGCUUGUUAUCGUUUCUGGGAGGCGCCCACUUCAGGUGACUGCUUCACCAUUAUCAGAGUUUCAACGUGCAAAUCUGGUGUCUUGGGCUCGUGAAUGUGGGCGCAGAGGGAAGCUCCUUGAAGUGGUUGAUGAGUCCAUUGAGUGGUUGAAUAAAGAGGAGGCUCUUCUCUGCAUGACGGUUGCGCUUCUUUGUUUGCUAAAGUCACCCGCUCGUCGUCCUUCCAUGAAAGAGGUUGUGGGAAUGCUCAGCGGGGACUUGGAGGCGCCCCAAUUGCCGGUUGAAUACUCACACUCACAAGAAUCUCACUUGCCGUUCAAGUCUCGGAAAGGAGGCCGCUGAGGCCAGUUCUUCACAUUGAUUUCAAUUGCUUAUUAGAGUGACGGUGGGAAUUGUUCAAUUUCUUUCACUUCUCCUCGUUUUUAUUUUAACUGUUUAGUAAUUAGGAGUAACAUUGACCCAUUUUCUUUCAUGCUGACUUUUAGGCUUCCCUUGGAAAUUGUGGCCUAUCCUUCUUUAGUGUUAGUGCAGUUGCAGGGCCAUCCCAUCUUU